UAUAACCGGUUCAAAAGAAGUGAAUCUCUAUUUAUUUCUUAAUACAUUAAUGAAGGAUAGGUUUGUACUGACUGUUCACUGCUUUCAGCAAUGAAAAACGCCAUUAUUUGAGUGUUAUUUUUAAAUUCCCACAGUAAUGAUGAUCAAUUUACUUUAUGUCAAUAUUGCAAUAAAUAUAAAUCAUUGCAUUAGCGAUGAAUGUUAUCUUGCAUCGCAAUAUUUGUGCAAAGAUGAAGUAAUUGUGGCGAUGUGUAAUUAUAGACUUUUCAAGAAUAUUGUAGUUUCCCUGCUCAAACCUGAAAGAUGACUAGUACUAAGAAUGUAACUGGCAAUAUUAUCAAAAAGAAGAAUUUAGACGCAAACAUUCAGAAAUUGAUACAUGAGGCUGUCGAAGCAAGGACUUUCGCAUACUGCCCAUAUAGCAAAUUCAAAGUAGGGGCGAGUGUUCUCUGCGAAGACGGCACACUUUACACAGGGUGCAAUAUAGAAAAUGCCUGUUACAAUGUGGGAAUAUGCGCAGAAAGAUGUGCUUACUCUAAAGCGCUGAGCGAAGGAAAGACCAAGUACCAGGCCGUUGUUGUUGUUGCCCAACAGGAAGACCGCUUCACGCCACCCUGUGGAGCUUGUCGACAGUUUAUGAGCGAGUUUGGGAAUGUUGAUGUUUAUAUUACAAAACCUGGGUAUGAAGAUGUUUUGGUAACCUCGUUGAACGAAUUGUUACCUUUCCAGUUCGAGUUUACCAAUAACCAGGGUUAGAUAAUAUCAUGAUAUUUAUAUUUGAGUUUACUUUGAGUCUUACCUUUACAUUUUUAGUAUUUACCUACUUCAAUUUUAAAGCAGCUUAUCAAUAUAUAUAUUAUAUUUGAUGCUUGAACUAAUAAAAAAGAGGUAGUACUAUCAAAAUAUCAGAUAUAUAUUGAUAUAGAUAUCCAAAUAUUGAUGUUUGUGUUGGAUUGUCAAUAUUAUGUUUUUCACUAUUUCCAGUGAAAGGAAUGAAAUAUAUUGUUCAUUGGUGGGACGGUAGCCUGGUGGUUUGACGUGGGUAGUUUGUUCUACUCAUUCAAUCGAUCGCUGUGCCAACCGGUGGUUUGAACCGCAAGGCCGGACAAUUGAUUUUUACUUCCUAUUGUCCAACCCAUGUUAGGUAUCACACGUUUAAAGGUAAGACCUCGUAAGUUCUUGUCUCGCAGUAGUUUCAACUUUUGAGAGUUGUCGUUCAUAGGAGAGCUGGUUAACAGAAAAACAGAUUUCAACAGAUGGUAGAACUUGUCUAAUUAACAAGAACAAAAAAAAUUUUUUGGUUACCUCCAGACAUUUUUUGCUAUCUUUAAUGAAUAAAAAGAAACAUAUUGUUCAUUGAUCUAGUAGGGAAAUUGAAUAAUAUAAAUCAUUUCAACACAAUAGACAUUAUAAUACUAUAAUAUUACAAAAACAAAACAUAAUCCUCAACACUUGUCUAACUAACAAGAACAAGACAAAAAAAACUUAUUUUUGAAAACUAAUCGAUGGUGCAUCACCAGAACUACAUAAACUGAAAGUCACUGGUACAGGUAUUACCUCCCAGAUUCAUUCUGAAUUGGCUCCUUGGGUUUCGGCCCCUUGAUUUGAUUAAAAAAAACAAGCAUAGCAGUUUCUUGGCAUCCAAAUCUAUUUCAAAGCUUGAACAGAACUGAUCUAAACGAUGAAAAAUAUGUUUCCAACAUCAAACCAAACGGCAUUGUUUCUCAUAAAUAUUCACCUUACAUUCAGUAAAUAGUCCCCCUCUCUUAACUUUUCAAUGAAACGAGAUAUCAAAGUCAGGCAGAAUUUACG